GUUAUAAAGGAAGACGUUUUAACAUUUUUGAAAGGCUUGUCAACUAAAAUGCCAAUGGGCAUUGUGGGUGGCUCAGAUUAUUCGAAAAUCUCGGAGCAGAUGCGGGGCGAGGAAGUACUUAACAUGUUCGAAUAUGUUUUUUGCGAGAAUGGCUUGGUUGCUUAUCGUAAAGGAAAGCUAUUAGAACUUAAUAACAUCUCUAAGUAUUUGGGGGAAGAAUAUUUGCAAAAAUUCAUAAAUUUUUGCCUGGCGUAUAUGUCAAAAAUUAAUUUGCCUCUGAAGCGUGGGACAUUUAUUGAGUAUAGAAAUGGAAUGCUUAACUUAUCACCGAUCGGAAGGAACUGCACGCAAGUUGAAAGGGACGAGUUUGAAGCCUAUGAUAAGAUUCAUGAAGUAAGGAAAAAGCUUGUUGAAUCCCUGAGAUCAGAAUUUGGCAUGGAAACUCUUCAAUUUUCCAUAGGUAUGUCAACAUUUUCCUUCAGAUUCAUCUUUUUAGGGGGCCAAAUAAGUAUAGAUGUAUUCCCAACAGGAUGGAACAAAUCGUUUUGUCUCAAGUUUUUAAAAGAUUAUCAAAAUAUAUACUUUUAUGGUGAUAAAACCUAUCCGACAUAA